CCACCUCAAGCUGACACGUAGAACUCACAUUAUUGGUUGACUUUGGAGGCGAUAGUGCCGCCGCGUCGUGCCGUGCUGAAUUUCGAGUUCCUUCCGCUCGACGGGAAGAAAUAUCCAGCCGUUCCCCUUCCCCUUGUUCCCGAAGCGACCGAGCAGAGCAGCGCGCGAGGAUCCGAGGAGGAAGAGAAGGGGAACGAGAUGGGCCUGUGCUCGUGCUGCUGCCGGUGCCUGGAGCUCCUGUGCUCCGUCCUGCUCCCGCCCCUCGGCGUCUGCCUCCGCCACGGCUGCUGCUCCUUGGAGUUCUGGAUCAGCGUCCUGCUCACCAUCCUCGGUUACCUCCCCGGCGUCCUCUACGCCAUCUACGUCAUCUGCUCCGUCGACCCCCACCGCCACGACGACCCCGACGACUACGUCUACGUCGCCUGACCGCCGGAUGCGUCGCCGAUCCGCCGUGGUGUUCUGGUGUGCUCCCUACCUACCUAUCUACGCCCGUGCGUCUCUGUGUUGGGUUCGUAGACUUAAAUCCUUUCCGUGCCCAUGUGUAAAUUGUAAAUUGGUGUAUCCAAUCUGACAAUCUGGACGAAUUCAUCUGGUGGAGAUCUGGAGUUGUGGAGUUUGUGCAGUCAAUUGGGUUAAUUUUGGUACCUGGUCCGGUUGCGGUUGUGAAUUGGCUCCUCUGAAUGAGGAUGGUUCUUGUGUCCUUGAGUAAUUUGCCUCAUUCAAAGUUUA